AUGAAUUCUCUGGAGGCAGCUGAAGACGACGACUCGUUUGACGAGAAUCCCGAGCCUAUUUUUAAAAGAGGAUAUACCCGAACUGGUGGAUCGUUCGCACGAUUGUCGGCCGCUAUCAGAAGGUCUAUUCGGUUGCCAUCUCGCUCCCGACAGAGUCAAGAAUCUUUUGUAGCCAAAAAGGAAAGUCACAAAAAGGAAUCUGGCCCACCAUUCAGUAGUAAUAGUAAUUUGGCGGUAGCCGCUUCUGGCAUACCAUCUAGGCUUGAUGAAAUUAAGGAGAACCUCCGUAUUAAUAGAGUUGAUAAGGUCAAAAAAAUUGUUAGGAAAGCUGAUUGGCCCCCCAGACAUGAAGUUCGACGUGAACUCUGGAAAGAGUUAUGCAAAGGAAAAGAUUUUGAUAGCAGUAGAUCUGUUUUCCGAGGCCAACUGGAGGAGUUACUGAGAGGAGGAAAGAAAACUAGCAAGCCACAGUUCCUCAGUGAAGAUGGGGUAGUCAUAAACAAUUUCGAUUUGAAUGAACAAGGAUCGAUUCGCCUCCUGAGACUGCUCAAAAUCAUCGAAAGCAUGCGUCCGGAAAUCAGUUCUGCACCUAUUCUUUACCCAAUAUGUGCGAUUAUGUUGCAUUAUUUGGAAGACGCGGAUGUGUUUGCUUGCAUUCAUCAGCUUUUAGCUCACAAGUUUCUUCUAUUCCAGGGUUACUUAAUGACUUCACCAGUUGAAUGGGUGGCUUCAGCUCACACAAUUUUAGCUUUAAUCAAAAAACACAAACCACAAUCUUAUGUUCUACUGAAACGAAGAUGCGGAACGUCGGAUGAUUCUGUUCUCGUUCAAACUAUGAGAGAUUGGUUGUCUUGGAUAUUUCAAGGUCUUCCUUUGUCACAUGUAGUAAGAAUAAUUGACUGUUUCCUGGUAGAGGGACAUAAGUUCAUAACCAGGGCAGGAAUUGCAAUUGUAUAUAUUUGGUCUAAGUCUUUCAAGCAUGACACAACGGAUCUUUCCGGCAAAUCACAAGGAGAAAGAGUUGAAUUAGUGAAACGUGAGAUAGCUAGUACUGCACAACAAUUACAGUUGAGCACUGAAACUUUCAUUGAAACUUGUGUGAGAAUUCGAAAUCUUCAGAGUUCGAAAAUAUCGGCAUUCCAAAAAGAUUUUGAGGACAAGCUGCGUGAUCAGGUUAACCACCAACAGUCUUUGAAAAAGGCUAGUAGAGUGGGAAGAGCUACCCGUGAUCUAGUGGUGCGUGCUUUCGAAUCGAAAAUUGUCAACAGCGAAGUGGCUGCUAUACUCAUUACUAAUCUUCCAUUACGCCUUCAACUGAUCACACCACAUUUACUGUUCAGAUUAAGUGAUGAUGGUGCUAGUUUUACUAACUUGUGGCAUAGAGUUGAUGAAGCGGAUCAAUCUUUAAUUAUAAUACGGACACUAAAUGGAGAAGUUUUCGGAGCUUAUUGUAGCUCGUCCUGGGCGGAACGUAAUGAUAGAAGGGAACGCACUAAGUCAAAAUACUUCGGAACUGGCGAGUCAUUUGUUUGGCGCCUCGAAUCUGAAGAUGAACCUGUAAUAUACGGAUGGGUAGGAAAUAAUAACGAUCAUGCUGACUCUUGUCCUCAAAUGUUCAUGGCUGCUAAUGAUAAAAUGCUUGUGAUUGGAUCUGGAGAUGGUGAUGCUAUACGUAUCGUAGACGAACUUACACAGGGUAUCACCUCAGGAUCACAAACUUUUGGUAGUCCAGCUUUAGUGGAAGAAAGAACGUUUUUCAUUGAUCAAUUGGAAGUUUUUGGUGUUUCCACUGGAUCAUGA